UGAUGUUUUGGAAAUUAAUGAUGUAUCUGCUCUUGAUUCUGAAUUGAUGUUCUCUGAAAUUAAUGAUGUAUCUGUUCUGUUCUUGAUUCUGAACUGAUUGUUAAAAAAAAAAAAAGACAUUUUUCUGUAUUUUGUUUUUCUUUCGAAUCAUAUUUAUGAAAAGACAAAAACAUGGAAGAUGUUAUAGUUCAGAAUUGUUUCUCUUCAUGUUUAAAACUUUUUGAUUGUUUUAAAUCAGUUCAUGUUCAUUUUCGAGAUGAUUCUGCAUUCACCACUGAAAAGCUACAUCCUUUUCAUUAUUUUAUGAAAGGUAUUGCAUCAUUAGAAAGUUCAUGGAUAGGUGGUCGGGUAAAAGAGCCAUUGAGGUGCGACCUGACUCUAAGAAGGGGGUUGGUGUUGGUUUCAGAGAGAGACUUAUCAGCAAUCAUUGCAAGGUUCCUUUUUCUAGUGAUGAGAAAAAAUCUAUGAACUUUACUCGGUUUGUUGGCUGCUCAGAUAAGAAACAGAAAUCUAUUUUGUCUACAUACCGCUCUUCGCCAAACGGGAAGGAAGUAAUUGGAACUUCCUCUAAGGUUUGUGCCUCUAGCUCCUCUUCUUUGAAAACUGAGAAGCAACCGUUCUCUGAGGUGUCCAUGGAUUCAUCAGAGAGCAGCAGAGGUAGCGAAAACGAGGCAGAGACAGAUAUCUUGAAAGUUUCUCUUGGUAGAGAUGCAAGGAGAGUUAACAAUAAACUUGUUUAUGGAAAAGUUAAAAAACCUGAAGCCGAAUGCUCAAACUUGCCAUCAAGCUCAAGAAUCAAGAGAGGUUUUAGGCAGAGAUUUGGGUUGAGCAAGCAUGAGUCUCAUCCUGGUUCCUCUGACCAGUCAACAUCUGCAAACCAAGGAUGCAGCCCUUUGUUAUCUGGUGUCAUUCCAAGUGGUUUUGGAUUGGACAAAAGAUUCAGUCGGAAGGUAGAUACAAUCAAUAAGAGAAACGUUUAUGGAGAAAGCAGUUCUAGCUCGACCUCAGCUAGGGGGAAGGAUGUCACAGAACCACCAGCUGAAGUGAGACGUCAUCCAAGAGGUUCUGUUUCCGGUAGUAGACGGGAUAGACACCGUAUUUUGAAUGAUGAAAACGAUGUUGCUCUAGUUGGGAGUCAGAGAAAUAGAAGUAAUAGUCACAUUAGAUUCUCAAACAGAGGGAAUGGUAGAGAUGGUUUAACCUCUAUCAGGCCAACAGAGAUGUCUCAGACUGAAACAUCAAACAAUCUCAAUUCUCCUGUCUCUUUCGAUGUGUUCUCUGGUUUUCAAGACAGUUUUCGCAGCUACAAUUUAGAUGGAAUCUCCGAGAUUCUGCCAGAACUUGAUAGGAUCGAACAAGAUAUUGAGCUUAAUUAUGAGCAGGAUCUGCUUAUCAUGGAGACAGGUUUACUUCUUGGUGGACUAAGCUUCCAUGACCAACACCGAGACAUGAGGCUUGACAUCGAUAACAUGUCAUAUGAGGAACUGUUAGCUCUAGAAGAGAGGAUUGGUACAGUAAGCACUGCUCUCACAGAGGAAGCAAUAUCAAAGUGCUUGAAAACAAGCAUCUAUCAGAUGAAAACUUCAAGUUAUGGGUCUAUCACCAAAAGUUCUAGUGAUUAUAAGGAAGAUGCCAAAUGCAGCAUCUGCCAGGAAGAGUAUACAAUAGGAGAUGAAGUUGGGAGGCUACACUGUGAGCAUACAUACCAUGUGAAGUGUGUGCAAGAGUGGUUGCGGAUGAAGAGUUGGUGCCCAAUCUGCAAAGCUACUGCGGAAACCUCCUCUAAAUAACCGUAUUUUUCUUCUUCCUCGUUCGUUUUAUUAUUUCUUUCAUCUAAAGCCUGUGAACAACAAUGGAACCAGCCUAAAAAUGGCCUCACCAUUUCCUUUGUGUACAUACCAAUUUACACUGGCUUUGUCUUUCUCUAUCCCUUUUGUCUAAUGACAAAACUAUCCUGUUUCUCUUCU